CAGAAAGAGGAGAAAGGCAGAGAUUGCAGUGACCACAACUGAAAAACAUACUACAGCUAAUCCGUUCUUGAGAAGAAUCAGCAAGCAUGAAGACCGUUUUGUCUGUCGCUUUCCUCGUUGUAGCUCUUUGCCUGGUCUGUGAGGCUGUGCAAGUCCAGGAAGGUGAUUUUUCCUUUUCGUUGGACUCGGUGAAAGUUCUCCAACAAUUAAUCGACCAACCACGAACACAAAACCCUCGGUUGGCCAAGACGAGCUACUUUUCUGUGUGCUCCAAUCCAACUCUCCCACAGGAGUUUACGCCUCUGUGCAUGCAGAGAGGAGCAACAAUGUCCUUCGCUAGGCUAGCAUCUGUGCCUGUGGACAUCUGUGAAAUAUGUGCUUUUGCAGCUUGUACCGGUUGCUAACUCCUCCCAUCAUCCCCUUGCUUGAUCAUCCUCACAUCCUCCACUUAAUAAAAUCAGCAUAUUUUCAUUUACUGCCAUAAGUUCUCACAUUGCGAAUGUUGUCUGAAUGGCAAAACUCAAAAUGGCAGCAUACUGUGUAUGAACUGUUACUUAUAAACUUCCUUCCCCUCUUUGCUUUCCCACGUUUUGUUUUGUUACAGCACAUAUUUCAUUUAUUUAAGAAAGAAGUGUCUUUUUUAUUUUUCUAUUUCUCAGUUUUGCUGGGUUUUAUACUGCUUUGUGUGUGAAAAUGCCUCAUUAAAGUGCAUUGAAAAUCUG